GGCCAAGCUGCGGUUGGUUAUACCUGUAACUUGUUUGAAAUCCUCGUUCGGUUCAGAACAUUUGCAAUACUUUGCUAGAUUCGUUACCAGUCACAAUGGCUGAUCCGGAGUUAGAAGCGAUCCGUCAGCAGCGAUUAGCCCAAUUACAAUCACAAUACAAGGGUGGCGAUGCUUCCAACCAGCAAGCAGCUGAAGAGAAACGACAGCAGGUAGAGGAGAUGAGACAUUCAAUUCUGACGCAAGUACUAGAUCAAUCAGCCCGAGCAAGACUGAACACGCUACGUCUGGGAAAACCAGAAAAAGGUAAAAUGGUGGAAGAAAUGCUUCUUAACAUGGCACAGCGCGGUCAGUUACCUGGCAAACUUGGAGAAAAGGAACUCAUCGGACUUUUGGAAAGUGUAAAUCAGCAGACACAGAGAACAACGACUGUCAAAUUUGAUCGGCGCAGAGCAGCACUGGAUUCGGACGACGAUAUUGAUGACUUGUAGCAAGUCAAACAACGGUUUGUUUAAAAAAUUGUUAUCGCCCACGGCAUUGCUGUCAGACAAUGUUGACAGGUUACGAUAACUAAAACCAUUUCGCUAAUCAAAUUGCAGCGAAUAUCUCUCGCUAUUUAUAUUAAAAUAAAGCACAACUUUUUAUGCAUUAUAUAAAUAAAACAUAAAGAAACUAUUGUACGGAUACAGAAUCUUUUCUCUUUGAUCCCCAUUAUAUUGUGAACUGGACACUCAAACGUCAAAAUCAUCAUUUUCACCCAUCUUUAUAUAUGAAGCUGAAGAUACUUGCCGAUUCACAGAAAGUUUAUAUAUACAUUGUUUUUCAUAAUCAAACUAUUUGAAACACUAGAUGAGUGUCAAAAAUAUUAAAACGCCAUUUAUUCCAGUGGUUUCUUCUUGAAAGUCACUUUGUAUAAGAAGUUUUUGUGAGUGGGCGACUAGCUUCAGUAUCAUUAUUUAAACGAGUUUAUGUAACAAAUUGACAGUCAGAUACAAAACUUUUUUUCAUGACAUUUCAUUGAUAAGAAUUGGAGAGUAUCUCUUUACUUAUUGUACAGUUAUUAAAUUUUUAUUUUUUACUUACACCUAUUACAUUGUCGCUUGUAACUAUGCAAUUCUCUAAUCUUUCUUCAUAUGGCUUGAUUCUGAAAAAAAUUAGAAAGAAAACGUUGAGAUUUUUGCUAAAGUGCAUUGUAGAUUUCACAGCCGUUUCUUACCUUCUUCUUCGUCGUCAUCGGCGUCAAGAAUAUCAGCACAACAAAUACUGUAGCAGAUGAGUAAAAGGAAACCAAACGGAAGUCCAAACAAAACCAUUGUCAGAAUUGGAUUUCCCUUCCACAUUUCAGAUAGUGUUGUUCUGAAUUCGAACCAUGAUCUGUACAUACGCACCAGCCAACCGUUGCCUCCAUAAGUCUGUAAUUUUUGAAAAAUAAUAAUAUCCGUGUGUUUAUUGAUUUUGAGAUGUGGCGUUAUUGUAAAGCAACUUCGUCAUAAAUUCAGGGAGUAUUUCUAACCGGUGCACUAUCAUUGUAGAUCUGUUCUAAAAACAAUUCGAUUGCGUGGGGAGUCAAUUUUCGUGGUUCAUCUUCCGGGAUGUAAUGAUGACUAGUUGUCGUGUUGAUUACAAUCAAACUCGGCAAAGGUACGAUCAUCAUAGCUAUACUGUUUGCCAACUCAGGGUUUGCUAUCCAG